AUGGCGUCGAUCCGGGCGCGGAGGCGGGCGAUGCACGUUCUGCACGAGGUAUGGGCGCUCGCGAGAUUGACCCGGGGAUCGAGAGGCGUCGGGACCGGGUCUGGUGGGGCGACGUUCCGCGAAUCGGACGGAAUCCAAAAAAGCAUCCUACGUGGACUCGCCAUCACUCAACGCACCGUCCGGUCCACGCACUCGACGCGCGACGAGUGGUCCGGGUGGACCACCGCCGUGACUCAGCAGGAUGUGGAUCGCGUCCUGCGCAGGGUGAACAGGCGCAUAGAGACCGGCGUCGUCGCCCUGCCCAAGGGAUCGAGGUGCCUCGAGGAUGACCACUCGUGGAGGGAAGCGGACGUCGAGCUCGAGCCAGACUUUACCGCGCCGUGCGCCGCGCAUCAAACGACCCAUCCGCGCGCGAGAGGCACGCUGGUGUUCCUCCACGGCUUCGGCGACGAUGCGAAGCACUGGAGGGAGUUCACGGAGCUCCUGGUGCGGGGGAUUCCCGGGGGAUUCGACGUCGUGCUCCCGGCUGCGCCGAAUCGCAAAUUCCAAAUCGCCGGCGAGCCCCUCGAGGCGACGGCGUGGUUCGAGCCCAGGAUGAAGCACACGCGCGAGGGCGGGUGGGACUACGAGAGGGACAUCCCUAAGGACGGAUCGCCGUGGACGUGCGGGGGCAUAGACGGCGCCGUGGCGUGGACGCGGCGGUUGGUGGGAGGUUUGCAGGAGGGCGGAGCGGCGCCGGGGAGCGUGCUGCUGGCGGGGUUCAGCCAGGGCGCGGGGCUGGCGCUGGCGGCCGCGGAGGACCGCCGGUCGUGGUCUCCCGCGCUGGGGGGGGUGUUAUCGCUGCGCGGGUACCUGCCGAGGAGGAACAACUGGGGAGACGAAGACUUGUGGAACCCUGGGGGCGGUGACUCGCGAAGAACCGCGGGGCUCAAGCCGCCCGCCGUCUUGAUGUGCCACGGCGGCGACGACCGGGUGAGCCCGAGGCGGUGGGCGGUCGAGGCUGUCGACAGGCUCCGGCGGGGCAGGUCCAGGUACGAGUCGGAUUUUGACGUCGGGGUCGACGACCAGGAGCGCACCAGGGGCGAGAGGGUGGAGCUGAUGGUCAGCGAGGGGGCGACGCAUCAGCUCGGUCCGGAUGACGUUUGGCGCGCCAGGUGGUGGAUCCGCGGGAUGGUCGAGGACUCCGCCAGGCGUUUGCCCUGUCACGUUCCGGGGAUGCUCGUCUGA